UGAGGUAGACAGCAUGCUCGGUCAGAGGACUCGAGUCGGAGAGCACGAAGCUAUGCGGAAGAUCAAAAACGAGUUCAUGGCUCAUUGGGAAGGGCUCUUGACGAAGACGGGUGAACGCAUCCUCGUCCUCGCUGCAACCAACAGGCCGUUCGACCUCGAUGAAGCGAUCAUUAGGCGAUUCGAGCGAAGAAUCAUGGUGGGGCUUCCAAGCAUAGAGAACCGGGAAAAGAUUUUUAGAACUCUUCUGGCCAAGGAAAAAGUAGACCAGAAUGUCGAUUUCGCAGAGCUUGCUUCCAUGACUGAAGGAUAUACAGGAAGUGACCUCAAGAACUUGUGCACAGCGGCUGCUUAUCGUCCGGUCCGGGAGUUAAUAAAGCAAGAGAGAUUGAAAGAUCAGAAGAGAAAGAAGAAAGAAGCAGAAGGGAAGAACUCGGAAGGGUUGUCCACUAAAAACGAGGCAGGGGAAAGAGUUAUUACCUUGAGGCCAUUAAAUAUGGAAGAUUUAAGGGAAGCCAUGAAUCAGGUGGCAGCUAGCUUUUCUUCGGAGGGAGCCGGACUGAAUGAGUUAAAGCAAUGGAAUGAUUUAUACGGGGAAGGGGGUUCCAGGAAGAAGGACCAGUUAUCCUACUUCCUAUGA